AUGAGGAAGGAAACCCAGCAUAAGAAAGCAGAACAGCACUUGCUUCACAUGCUCCUCAUGGACUGAACGGAUGGCUGCCUCGAUCAGAAGAUAGUGAGCGCAGUGUCCUCCCAAACAAAGCUGACAUUGGAAACCAUGAACUCCACGGUGAUAAAGGGCUUCAAUGGGUCUGAGCGGUGCCCCAGGGACACACGGAUAUCACAGCUGGUGUUCCCAGUCAUCUACACCAUCGUUUUCUUCACAGGCAUCCUGCUGAACACCUUGGCCCUGUGGGUGUUCAUUCACAUCCCCAGCUCCUCCACCUUCAUUGUCUACCUCAAAAAUACGUUGGUGGCCGACUUGAUAAUGACGUUCAUGCUUCCAUUUAAAAUCCUCUCUGACUCACACCUUGGACCAUGGCAACUCAGGGCCUUUGUGUGUCGUUUCUCUGCAGUCAUCUUUUACGAUGCCAUGUAUGUGGGCAUCAUACUGCUAGGCUUCAUAGCCUUCGAUAGAUUCCUAAAGAUCAUCAGGCCUUUUGGCAAAUUUUUUGUACAAAAACCUGAUUUUGCGAAAAUGAUCUCGACCUCUGUGUGGCUCUUUUUGUUCCUCAUCUCUCUGCCCAACAUAAUCUUGAGCAACAAGGAAGCAACACCAUCAUCUGUGAAAAAGUGUGCCUCCUUAAAGGGUCCACUGGGGUUGAAAUGGCAUCAAGUGGUGAACUACAUAUCCCAGGUCAUUUUCUGGACUGUUUUUGUCCUGAUGCUUCUGUUUUAUGUGGUGAUUGCAAAAAAGGUAUAUGACUCGUACAGAAAGACCAGAAGCAAGGACAGCAAGCAGAACACAAAGCUGGAAGGUAAAGUGUUUGUUGUUGUGGCUGUAUUCUUUGUGUGUUUUGCUCCAUUUCAUUUUUCCAGAAUUCCAUACACUCACAGUCAAACCAACAGCAAGACUGACUGCAGGCUGCAAAAUCAAUUGUUCAUAGCUAAAGAAACAACCCUCUUUUUGGCAGCAACUAACAUUUGCAUGGAUCCCAUAAUAUACAUAUUCCUAUGUAAAAAAUUUACAGAAAGGCUACCAUGUAUGAGAGGGAGGAAGAUCACAUCAUCAACCCAAGAAAAUCGUACUAUUCAGACAGACAAUAUAACUCUAGGCUGAUAACUUUAUACUGGUUACCUAAUACUUAAUCGACAAGAGAGUCUGGAAAAUCAAGUUUAAGCGAGGAAAAAAGGAUGGAGCAAAUCCUUUUUUUUAUCCUGCUGUACACAAAGGAUUCUACAAAUUUUAACUGCGCAUACAUCAAUUUAUAAGCAGAGUGAAGUAUCAGUCAGAGAAAUGUAAGAGAAAGCAAGUGGCCAUUAGAGGUCACCAUUCUGAGAGCACUCACUUAGGAUUUGGAAAAGAUACGGAUAAACUUGUAUUAUUAAAAACCUCCUUCCAAAACACCUCCUCACAUUCUCUGACACACAAAACUCAAACAACUGCUUCUCUAUCUCACAAGUGUUGAUACUUGCCAAUUUAAAAACAAAACAAAAAAACCCAUGAAAGUCUUUUGAUGAAAGCUGAAGCUUCUGGAUAUUAAACCUUGGGGGAACUGAAGUCAGUCAAAAAACCCUGAGAAAGCUUGGAUGAAGGAGUUUCUCCUUAUUAACUGUUAAGACCCUUGCUCAGUAUAAAGAGUACUGAGAUUAUUUCAGUAUUCCAUAGGAGGCACUAAACCAUUACUAAGCCAUGUAACAUAUUGUACUCUUGUAUGUUGCAUUUGUCUUACAUGUGUAUGAUUUAAGGGCACAAAUAUUGUACUGACCGAUAUUCUUUGGAAAUCUCCCUCUGCCCAGGAAUGCCCUCUAAUGGUGGCUAAAUAUGCCACCUACACAGCCUCUCUUCUCCUGCCUCACACCUCCAGUUCAAAGUAACUACUUCACCCACUGUUUGGCUAUGCAUUAGGGCUUUCAUUGCAGAUUUCCCUUUGCUAAUUACCUAUGUUCAUGACUCUGUCCCCAAAACAUGGUCAGGAUUCAUUAAGAAAGACAACAUGUUUUAAAGACAAAAAACACGUCAUGUUUUCUUGGUAUCUCCCAAAUUUCUCCCUACAGAGAGUGAAUUACAAAUGUUUUAAACAGAGGGGUGCCUGGGUGGCUCAGGUGGUUAAGAGUCCGCCUUUGGCU